CUUGGUUGUCUGUUAGCAAUUGGACAGGCUAUAAACGCGCCAUGAUUGUCAGCUUAAACAUUAACUCGCAGGACAAGAGUCGAGCUGAGCUGUGCUUAAAGCCAAAUCUUCCUCACAUGUUACACAACCGCCUCCAGCAGUCAAGAUGAGCGACUUCGGGCAGAUCCUGAAGGAGAUCGGCUCGUUUGGAUUAUUCCAGAAGCGUCUGGUGGCGAUUUUGUUCAUCCCCAGCAUAUUUGUGGCGUUUGAUGUGAUCGGCCAGGUGUUCACGGCACUGAGCUUCCCUCAUCACUGCAACACGGACUGGAUCCUGGAGCGAGGACCCAACCUGACCCGGGAGAGACAGAAGAACCUGACGAUCCCGGUGAGGCAGGAUGGAAGCUUUGAGAGCUGCAAGAUGUUCUCUCCCGUGGAUCUGGAUUUAGAAACUAUUGAAAAGUAUGGGCUUAACGACACAACAGGAUGUAAGAAUGGAUCAGAUUUUGACAAAUCCCAAAGUGCCUCCAGUAUUGUGACUGACUUCGACCUGGUGUGUGAGGAAAGCAGCCUGAUCGAGGCGUCGCAGUCCAUCUACAUGGCCGGGCUUCUGGUGGGAGCCUUGGUGAUGGGCCAGAUGGCCGACAGAUUUGGCCGGCGCUUUGUGGUCCUGCUGUCCUUACUGAUGCUGCUCCUGUGUGGAGUGGGCAUCGCUUUCUCACCCAACAUCUACGUCUAUAUAGUCAUCAAAAGUAUCGGUGGCAUCUCCAUUUCAGGCAUCAUCGGCAAUGUUUUUGUGAUAGGAGGAGAAUGGAGCGACUCCUCCAAAUUCGCUCACUGCACCAUCCUCUGCCAGUCCUCCUUCCCGGUUGGACUCAUGAUUUUGCCCGGAUUAGCCUAUUUGAUUCCCAACUGGAGGAUCCUGCAGAUGGUUCUCUUCAGCCCUCUUCUGAUUGUGCUUGGAAUCUACUUCUGGAUCCUCCCAGAGUCGGCUCGGUGGCUCAUUACCCGGAGGAGGAAGGACGAGGCCAUCAGGUUGAUCCGGAAAACAGCCAAAAUAAAUGGGAGAGACGUCCCAGAGGACCUGCUGGAUAAGCUGGAGUAUGAUGGUACAACCAAAGGUGGAAACCUACUGGACAUCUUCAGGAAGUCUUAUCUGAGAAAACGUGCUCUCAUAAUGAGCUUCGUCUGGUUUGGGACCAGUCUGACGUACUACGGCCUGAGCCUGAACGUGGGAAGCUUUGGUCUGGAUAUUUACGUCACGCAGGUCAUCUUUGGGUUAGUUGAGAUACCCGCUCGUCUGGGAUCCUUGCCUUGCCUCCAGUACUUUGGGAGGAGACCGUGUCAAGCAGGGGUGCUUUUCCUCGGAGGUGUUUGUUGUCUGGUGAUCAUCGCCAUUCCAAAAGAUCUUCCGAUCGUGGUAACGGUCAUCGCUGUAGUGGGAAAAUUUGCUGCCACAAGCAGCUUCUCCAUUAUCUAUGUUUACACUGCUGAAUUAUACCCUACUGUUAUAAGGCAGAACGGCGUGGGUCUGAACGCCAUGUUUGCUCGUGUGGCGGGAAUCCUCGCCCCGCUGAUCAAGCUCCUGGGCGUCUACCAUCACUCCAUUCCCAUGGUGAUUUAUGGCACCGUCCCGGUCGUCGCUGGCGGUCUGUGCUUACUGCUGCCUGAAACUCGCAAUGCUGAACUUCAGGAAUUUGCAGAAGCGACAGAACCUCAGGAUGACUCUGCCGACAAAGGAUCACUUUUUAUGGAAGACAAAGAAGGGAAGAGCACGAAAUUCUAAUAAAUAUGGUCACAUUGUUCUAUGUAAGUUCAUCAAAAGAAGACAGCUUUUUCUUCGCUAUGGUAAUAUUUUUUGUAUAUUGUUUCCUGAGAGGCAGUUUCAGCUGAGUUUUGUGAGUAUAUGGUUGUGAGCUGUGAAUUAAAGCAGAAUGCUGUGUUAUAUAGAUCAUUCAAACUGUGCCAAUGUCACAUAUCGGGUUAGGUUGAACCGUUUCGAUCUGUAGAAACGUACCGAUUUAAAAUUCAAAAACGUCGACAGGUGGACGGAUGAUCAGGCUGCUAACUGGAAACUUGACAGAUGAGUUAUCGAAGACCUGUUGUCCUGAUUUGAAAGAGCUCACUUAACCGCAGUGGUAACAGUAAUCUGCACAACACAUGACUUCUGGAGCCUGGAUGUUAAACCGGUCCGCAGGUCGAGAGUCCACUGCAGGGAAAAGGAAGAGAUGCAAAAUCAUCAUCCACACACUUAUUGACAUCGUAAGAUCAUUUAGAGUCACCCAUUAACCCAACAAGCUUUGGAGUGACGAAGAUAAAUCAACCACGUCUGCCGCUUUAUUUUUAAAAUCCAUAGUUUUGAUGAUGUGUACAAAGUUGCGUUCUGCUUUAAAAUUAGAAUUGUAUACUGUAUAUAAAGUUAUUAUACUGUAUAUGUAUAUUGCUUUUCUUUUUAUAAAUAGUUUGAAAGUGCAGUUUUAUAGAAAUCCUUUUGUAUUUAUUAACAUCUUUGUCUUAGGAGAGAUCGUUUUGCUUCUUCUGUUAUGCUGCUCUGCCCUCGUGUGAUUCACCGGCGCUUCUCUCACUGCAGCUUCUCUUCUCGUGUUCACAUCUGGUGUUGUACUUUAAACAUGCAACACCGAGGUGUGAUUUUUAAAUACAUUUCAAUCCCAUUGUACUGAAAGUAAAUAUGUGACACACUCCUG